AUGUUCAGUUUUUUAGUGGUUAUUUUUUUAGUUAUCACAAAUGGUGAAGUAAGGACAAGUGUGCCGGAGGUAUUUACGAUCCGGACAGAGGGUUGUAGCAUCCCCGCGUUCCCGCUCAUCAGCGACACGGUGCGCGACCUGCUGGCGCCGCCCGCCACCAUGACACCCAACUGCACCGAGACUGUACCACUCGUAGCCGCCAACGACACCCACAUCUGGGUCAAAAAGGAAACUUAUGACAUGUUUGACAUCUUCCAAGAUUCAGAACUAAAUUGCUGCUACAGAAACUUUUCCGCUGAAGGCAAUGUUGAAAACGUAGCCUACGGAAUAUGUCGCGAUUUCACAUCGUGCAUCAAAGCCGAACACGAGUUUGUCCGCGUGGAAUGUUACUACAGUGGCAAUAAAAUUUAUGAAGACUUAUUUAGAUUUAAUUUUUUUGGAAUGAAACAACUACGAAAGCGUAAUGAGCGAUCAUUCAAUGUCCUCAUGCUCGGUGUCGAUAGCAUGUCGCGCAAGAAUUUUCUUCGGACUAUGUCGAAGACAUCCUCGUUUUUGAAAUACAGGGGGAGUAUACAACUGUAUGGAUACAACAAAUUAGGGGAUAACUCAUUCCCGAAUUUAUUUCCGAUGUUGACGGGAAAAAAUUUCAACGAGGCAAAAAAAGUUUGUUGGAAGAACAAUGUGAUGGAUCCGACAGCGUGUACGUUCAUGUGGGACGCGUUCAAGAGCGCGGGCUACUACACGGCCCUCGCCGCGGACAGCGCCAUCGGCGUGCUCGGUGUCUACGAGACCUACCUGCGCUACAAGCCCACUGACUUCUACUGGCAGACCUUCAUGUUCGAGACGCGACAUUUAUUUAGAGACAGGACAUUUGAUUACCACAUCUGCUUGCGAAACAGAUAUAUCUUCAAAGAACUUCUAAAAUAUGCAAAUGACGUCAUAAAAACGGUUCACCAAGGAAAAUUAUUUGGGUUUUUCUGGGAAGAAUCGGUAAGUCACAGUCAUGUGAACUAUCCAUACAUUAUGGACAACGACUACCUCAAUCUUUUACAAGAAUUAGAAAGAUCUAAAUACUUAGAGGAUACUAUAGUGAUAUUAUUCAGUGAUCAUGGGACACGUUGGGGACAGAUACUUGAAACUGAACAGGGUCGCCAGGAAUCUAGGUUGCCUCUUUUCGAAAUUUUAUUUCCAAUGAAGUUUAGACGCCGAUAUAGAACGGCUUUUAAAAAUUUUGAAAUUAACAGCCGCCGGCUUACCACUGCUCAUGACGUGUACGAAACAUUAUUAGACCUCAUCAACACUUCAUCACUGGACGAGCGUCACAUUCAGGAGCGAAUGAAAACUGUGAACGUCGAAGCUACUGGUAUAAGCCUCUUUCUACCUAUUCCGACAAAUAGAACGUGCGAAACUGUCGGGGUCAACGAUCACUGGUGUACUUGUAUCAAAGGGCAGAAAGUGGCAGUAGGAACGAAAGGCCAGAUAUUUACAGCUCAAUAUUUGUUACAACACAUAAACCAGAUUAUAAGUGAGUAUCCUCAAUGUCACAAGUUGGGAAUUGAUAAGAUUUUGGAAGUGGCGGCGACGAAGAACAAGGACGGGAUCGGUCGAACGUACCGGGUGCUGCUGCAGGCGACGCCGGGGGACGCGGUGUUUGAGGGCACGCUGAUACGCGACCGUGGGCUCUGGACGGUGGUGGGCUCCGUCAGCCGCCUCAACCUCUACCGCGACCAAAGCCGCUGCGUCAAAGAUCCUCUGGUCAAGAUGUACUGCUAUUGUCGAAGAUGA